AAAUGAAUUAUUGUGACUAAAAACAAAAACAAGGCGCUUACUGGCUGCAACAAGUGAACGAAGCUCGAAUUAAAUAUUAAUUAUGUGCUACGUAAAGCGGUAAACUUGGCGCUGUAGUCAGAAAUUGUUUUUAGGCGUGCGUUUUGCCAAUUCGCUGAAUUCAGCAAGACGACGACGACGCCAACGCGAACAGCAGCAAAUACAAUAGCAACAAUAGCAACAACAACAGUUGAUAAACUGUUGCAACAGUUGAGGCGGCGGCAAAGAAAUCGUAGAAGAUGUCAUUGACGAAAAAGGAUCCAUCGCUGCGUGUUGCCGCCUCGGAUCCCCACUUGGUCAGUCUAGGCGGUGGUCGUCUCAGCACCGCGGUCACCAUACACUACAUACAUAUCGGCGAUACUACAAUUGGCUCCUCGCCCAGCUGCAGCAUCUCGCUGAACGGAAGCGGCGUCCGUCCGCUGCACUGCACCAUCUACAGAAGCGAGCUGAACGAGGUGACUUUGGUCUCAGAGCCCGACGCACGUUUGUUGAUCGACGGGGCACACGUGGAGGGCAAGGCGGAGGCGAAGCUUAGCCAAGGUGCCAUGAUUACCAUUGGCAACUCGAACUACUUGCGCUUUAACAAUCCGGAUGAGGCGCUGAUGAUGCGCUCCGCCAUGGGCUCCAACGAACGCAUUUCCAUGCCACACAUUGACUUCACCCAAACCGCCAGCUCACAAGCAAGCGAAGCGCAGCAGCUGGAAAGCUUCUAUGAGAGCAUCAUCAAUCCGCUAAAGGAUUGCGCGCCCGAGUCGACGCACUGUCCCAAGGUGUUCAGCUCGGAUCUGGUGACCGUCAACAUGCCAGCGCGCGAUGUGCUGGGCCAGAAAUACGCGAGCUUUGCACGCAAUCUUGUCGAGAAUCAGCGCAGCGACAAGCAGCUGAACAAUCAGUUUAGCAAAAGCACCAACGGCAUUGGCCACAAUCCCGGCUACUGCAAUGUGCCCGCCAAUGCAGCGAUCUACAAGAUGCACCAUGAGCAGGAGGAGCAGCCACUCAGCAAGGUAAACAACGAUCGCUAUGAUCGCUAUCCCAAGCCGGCGCCAGGACUGCAGCUGUAUGCGAUGAAUGGACUCAACUCGGAGCUGAAUACAAGCACAACAGCUGGAGCAGCAACUGGAGGCGGCGGCGGCGCUGAGCUGGAAGACAUGCUAAAGAUUUGCACGGAGUACGCGGAUCGGCAGCAGCAGCUCCAGGUGCAGCAGCAGCAGCUCCAGACAAGCCACAAUGCCAGCUCGAGCAGCAUAACCAACUCGCCCAUUGUGCAGAAUCGCAUCAAGACCAACGGCUCGUUGCCACGCGACAAGAAGUCGCCGUUCCAGAGCAGCAGCAACAGCAGCAGCUCCAACGGCUACGAGAACAUACGUCUGCUUGGUCCCAAUCGCGUCGAGAUCAAUGGCCAGCUGCAUGUGCCGGCGACGGCGACGACGACGGCCACAACCAGCGGCUGCAAGUCCAGUCUGGAGAAUCUGACCACCAAGUAUGUGCCACAAAGUCCGCGCACCAAAAUACGCACCAAUUGCCUGUCGCCCAAGAAGGACGCAAGCUUUGUGCUGCUCUCGGCGCCGCUGCCCGCGCCCAAGCCCGCACCCAAGCCAGCGCCGCCGCCAGCGCCUGCGCCUGCGCAGCAGCGCGACUACGAGCAGCUGUUCAAAUCCUUUGAGCGCAAGCAGCAGCUCGAGCAGCAGCAGCAGCAGCUGCUCAGCAGUCCCGCCAAGCGGCACAACAAGAACAUCAACAAUCUAACGCUCAAUCUGCAGCAGCAGCAGCAGCAGGAGACGCCCAGCAAGAGCAGCCGCAAGCCAGCGCCAGCGCCACGCAGCAUACACCUCGAGCAGCGACAGCGACGUGAGCUGCAGCAGCGACGCCAACAGCUGCAGCAGCAACUAGCGCAGCUGCCAGCAGCGCAGUGCAGCUUUGAGCUGGAAGCAUCGCCCACUAAUCCGCGGCAGCAGCUGCGCGCGCUGCAGCAGCGCAUACAUCGACUGGAGGCGCAACGCAAUGCGACGCGCGUCAUGGAGGAGAAUCAGCAGGCGAAGCUUAAGCAGUCGAUUGAGCUUAAGCAGGAGCAGCUGGCCAAAUUGAGAGCAAUGCUCAAGCAAAAGCCGCAGAACACUUGUCUCAAGGAGGAGCUGCAGCAUGUGGGUGAAUCGCUGGACAGCGAUCGCAAAGCCUUUGAGGAUUUGGAGUUUCAGUACUUUGAGGAGGAGUCGGAGCAUCAUGCCAGCCAUGAGCAGCUCAAGCAGCAGGAGCAGCGUUUGGCUAUCGAAGCUGAGCUCGCCGCGCUGCGCAUACAGCUGGGCCCAGAGCAGACGGCAGUGGAGCAGCCAGCACAGCCUCAAGCUCAACCUCAACCUCAAUCCUCAAGCAAUCUGGUCAAUGGCGUCAUGUCGCAGUCGCUGUUCGGCUCAGCUGAGCUGCUGUGCCCCAAGCGGCGCGACCAGGAGGACCUCAUGUCCAAGAGCGUCAAUGAGAACAUGUUCUUUGGCCACAACAAGAUCGAGAUCAGCAGCAGCACGCCCAAGCGUGCGCCACUGCAGCUUUGCCACAACUCCGGCAGCUGUGAGCAGAUUAGCUUCAAUCUAUCACUGGGCAGUGACAGAUUCGAGGUGAAUCCGCUGCUGGAGCAUCGUGUGCCCUCGCAGGAUGACAUUGAUCGCAGCUGCCAGGUGGCCAAGGAUGCGCCCAUUUCGGCCAGCCAAGGCGCCAGCACCAAAAUCUUUGACAGCAUCAAAGAAAUUGAGCGCAAUCGCAAGCUGCUGCUUGCCCAGCAGGGUCACCAAGUCAUUGAGCAUGAGCGUCAAAAGAUUUACGAUCUGAAGAAGAAAAGUCACGACGAAGCGCGCACUCAAUAUUUACUCUCGACUCAAACGACGACGACGACGACGACGCCCACGACGGAGCCAACAACAACAGCAACCACCACAGCCAAUGGCGGCAAGGAUGCCAAGCUCUUUGACAAGUGCGAGCUGCUGGAGUUGAACAAAGAAUCGAACCAGAAUAAAGAAAACAAUGCGGCAGCAACAACAACAACAGCAGCAACAGCAGCAACACAACAGCAACAACAACGGCACUCGCAGCCAGAACUGGAGCAACAUGCUGUAACAUCCACAGCUCGCAGUCCGCGUCCCUUGUCCGAGGCCAACAACUGCGAUGCGCUGAUUGAGGCGCCCAAGUUUGGCAGCAAUGGGGACGCCGCUGUGGACAAGCGCGCCAGCAGCAACAGCAAUUCGCAGGACACCGCCUCGGCGGGCAGCGGCAGUGGCAGCAGCGGCAGCAGCAGCAACAGCCAAAGCGAGCGCAAGCGUGUGCUGCCCAAACAUCAGCGCCCCUUGACGCGUUACUUGCCCAUCUUCUCGCCGGAUCUGAAUCUGCGUCAUCACAUCGAGACGGCUGGCCAUCAAAUCGAUCUCUGUCCGCAUGUCUUUGUCGAUGCGCACAGUUGUCGCGGUUACUUGCACAAGCUUGGAGCCACCUUUCAUGCCUGGUCACGUCGCUGGUUCGUGCUGGACAGACAGCGUAGUGCGCUCAUCUACUACUCGGACAAGUCGGAGCGCAAGCCACGCGGCGGCGCCUACUUUGCUACCAUAGACGAGGUCUACUUGGAUCAUUUGAAUGCCUCGAAGAGCGGUCGACCCCACUGCACGUUUAUUGUCAAGACUAAGAAGCGCAGCUACAAUCUCCAAGCGGCAUCCGAUGCGGCUGCGCGCAUUUGGAUCGAUGCCAUCAUAACUGGCGCCCAGGGCAAUCUGGACUACUAACCAACACACACUUAUAUAUAUAUAUAUUUAUAUAUAUAUAUGCGCAGCCUGUAAUUACAAACUGUUUGUUAUUUUGUAAGCCAUGCUCAUCCUUUAGUAUUAAGCAGUAACUAACUUAUAUACAUAUGUCUAUGUAUAUUUGGCAACUAACGAAAUCAGAGAUUUCAAUACUGGACCAAAGUAAGCAAUGUAUUUUUCGUAUGCUUUUAAUUUGUCAUAGUCUAGCGCAUUAAGCACUAUUUUUAUAAACAUAUACAUAUUAUUAUACACUUAUAACUACUACUACUACUACUUACAUUAGACAAAAACCCAACGGUAAUAACGCAGCCAUUUCUAUCAGACUAAUUGUAAACUUAAACUAACAACAACCAUUGACUUAUGACUAUGUAUGUUAUACCGCAAACAUUUAUGUGAACUUAACUAUAUACGCGUAUAUAUUGUGUAUACUUAAGCAUAACUUACAUAUAACUUCAUGUGUACAUGUGUAAGCGACAAAUUUGUUACUGGUGAGCUUUGCUUACAUUGCAUACAAAGAAUUCCCUCAAAUCUUUGCUCAGGCAAACUGAAAUAAAAAUCUUUAUAUAGUAUAUAUAGAA